AUGCCCAUUUGCACGUCUUGUGCCGCCUCAACACCUCAUCUCUACACGAUUUACAACUCCGCAUACAAUUUCCGUCUUGAACAGUGCACCUCUUGUCAGGCUUUCGCAGACCCUUACGUUGAACACGACAACCUCACUCUACUUUUGGACUUGAUACUGCUCAAGAGAGACGUGUACCGUCACCUCCUCUAUAAUCGCGGACUUGGUGCGCGCAGAGCUGGAGACAAACCUUUCCGGAAAGACGCCAGUAUCUCCGGCGACCACGUCCAAGGACAGCAACACUAUCAGUCAGCUCGCUGGUGGCUGAUCGUCAAGCUUGGGUUUGCCCUGAUCUGCGUCGAUGCCUUCAUUCGUUGGACACACAUUAGUUCAAACCAACCCGGAGACUCAUCCCGGAUAGUCACCUGGAACCAAGCAGCCCUCACAGGCUUCCUCCGGAUCCUUGUAGGUUGUCUCUUCGAGACGGCAGCCUUCCAUGCGGGCGUCAUGCUCGCCUGCUACGUUGUCCUCAAGCUGGUCCCGUCGCCGAUGCCCCCCGCACCGGUGUCCGGGAUUCGAGAACAGUUUAGGUUCUCCCACGUCCCGCUGACGCUCCUCUACUCGUCUCUCACCAAGCUCUUCCUCCUCUUCUGCCUGUCCAUCUGGCGCCCGGACACGACCGCGAAGCACCAGCCAGCUGGCGGCGACGCCCACGCCCCGCUGGGACCCCUUCAUCCGAACGCGACGACGUUCUCACACCCGCUCGUGCUCCGCGCGCUCGCGCUGCUCGACGAGGACAAGCUCGAUCGCGAGUGGGUCGUGCGAAACGUUCUGGGCGGGAUGGCCGCAGGCUUCGGCCUCCGAGUGGUCCUCGACUGUCACCCCGUCUUCACAACGAUGAUCAUCCUCGCGGGAUGGCUCGUCAAAACUGCGGUCGCGAACCUUGUCAGCGGGUGGGUGGGCACGGGGCUCGGCGGAGACGACAAGGCCGCCGGUGAGAUGUGGUUGGCGUACAGUAUACCAUGA